CCAGCCUGUGCGUAGCUGCAGUUCCUCCUCCCGCCCAGCAGGGGGCACUGUGGUGAUUUCCCGCCGCAGACUGCGUGCGGCGUUCAGUCGUCCAACAUGUCUGCGCCCUGAAGGAAGCUGCUAAAGGCGUGAAGGUUCGGGACAGGGGACAGUGAAUGGGUUCUCGUUGGUCUCGGAGGCAGAUUUGAGGCUUUCCAGACGCGCCAGGAUGUCAAAGAUCUCCAAGGCAGCCAAGGCUGUGAAGAAGGUGGAUGUGGGCAGUGUAAUCCGGGCUAUCGUGAGGUCAGGACAAGCAGCCCCCGGACCCCCGCUAGGCCCCGUGCUAGGCCAGAGAGGGAUCCCCAUUGGACAGUUCUGCAAGGACUUCAACGAGAAAACCAAGGAGCUGAAGGAGGGCAUCCCGCUGCCGAUCAAGAUCCACGUCAAGCCCGACAGGACGUACGAGCUGAAGAUCGGCAAGCCCACCGUGUCGUACUUCCUCAAACAGGCGGCGGGCAUCGAGAAAGGGGCCAGCAAGACAGGCCACGAGACGGCGGGGAUGGUGUCGGUGAAGGCGGUGUACGAGAUCGCACAGGUGAAGGCGCAGGACGAGUGCUUCCGGAUCAGGAACUACUCGCUGGAGGGCGUCGUCAAGUCCAUCGUGGGCUCGGCCCGGUCGCUGGGCAUCCAGGUCGUCAAUGACCUCACAGCUGAAGACUACAAAGUCUUCCUGGAGCAGAGGGAGGAGAAGCUGAAAGCCGAUGCGGCAGCAGCUGCGGCAGCCGCUGCAGCCGAAGCAGCGGGGAAGAAGAAAUGAGCACCCAGAUCCGAAGCCUCAUUCCUGUUUAUGAUGACUUUAUACACGCGUCACAUUCAUACUGUUAAUGUUGUGAGUCAGAUCUUAAUAAAGAGUCAGAUGUC